GUUGGACGUACCUUAGUGAAGCAUUUCAAAUCUAUGAAAUGGAUGCAGUCCUGCAUUCCUUCACAUAUCCCUCAUCCUUAUAGUCAGCAGAUGUCAAGCAAGUCACAGAUAUUUCCCCUUAAGGAGAUGACUUUGAGACAGCUAAAAUAAUACUUGGAGGGGAUCAACUUGUUAGAGUAAGGAUGAGUGGAGCUAAAGAUCUUCUUGCUGGUGCUCACACUGCAACAGAAAGAAUGGAGAUUUUUGAUCCUGUUAUAGAAGAGCUGUUUCAUGUAGAACAGGAUUUUCUUGAAAAAAUGUUCAAACGAUUCUACUCAACAAAGACCUCACGACAGGAAGGAAGUCUAGCUUUCUUCAAAUGUCAGCUGAGGAGGACCAACGUAAACGGUCAAGUAAAAGGAGGGUUCCAGGCACACAGUGAUUUCCUACACACAGUUGGUGAGGCCCUACUGAUUCAGCUAUGUAUGAAGAAAUUUUCAAUGGACAGCUUAGAGAGUGAGCCUGUUAUUCCAAAUUUAAGUCUGCCAGAAAACAUCAGAAACACACACAUUAAAACAAGAGAACCUCUCUUUUGGAAGGUUGUUAAAGAAAUUGUGAAUGAAAUAUUCAUGGAAUUUCAUAACCCAGGAUGUUUACCUCCAGUGCAAUUGGAUUUUGGUGGUAGUUCUGUGAUAAUUCCCAGAGAACAACUGUGCAAAAAUGGCUAUGUUGAUGUGAAAGUGCCAUCUGGGGAAGUUUUGAGAGUUUUUAAUUCACAUGAAACCACAGAUGACAUACAGAACUACUCUUUACAAUUACUGAUGUGGUAUAUCCAUUUUUGUGAAUUUCAGGAUGGCAUACGAGAAGGAGACCCGUUCAGGACCAACAUUAACUUAAAAAGAAUGAUUCCCUUCUUUUACAGUCAUUCAGAUCGAUCCAAAUAUGCAGUUGAGUGCAUAGAUUAUAUCCUGAAAACAGAAGUUCUAUUACCACAGCACACAGCUAUGAGAGUGAGACUCGGUAGUUUUGUUAACCCACAUGGAAAAAAAGGAGGAAAUAAGCCAGCUGACAUGCAACAAGAAAAUAACAUUCUUGUUCUCAAAGAUGUUAUAAAAGGUUUAGGAGCCAACAAAACAACAAAAGCCAUGGAACGUGCAUCUGCAGCAGCUCCUGUUGUGGCAGAAACUGUAGAAAAUUAUAUGAACAGUAUUGGGUGUGUAUCAAGGAGUGGAAAACACAAUACAAAAGACAAUUUGGAAGACGUGAAACUUCUAGUCCAACUUUUAAGUCGAUUAGACCCAUUUAGUGUGAUUGAUAACCGCAAGAUGAAUUUUUACAGUGGUUUCAGGAAAAAUCCAUUCUCAGCGAUAUCUUCAGAUUUUAACUCCCAUCUUUUCAAAAUAGUUGAGCGCUUGAAAAGAUGUCAGAACAUUGACCUUGAAUACUACAACCAGUAACAAUCAUAGGUGUCACUGUGGGGAUGAGAAGGGAGGGGGGAGUAAAUUGUGUCUGAUUGCAGUGUAUGAUUGCUGUUUGUAUUAUGUCAAAAUAAUGUUAUCAUAUUUUUGGAUGUUUCAUGUAUUUUAGCUCACUUGAGCUAUUAAAAGGCUCAAGUGUCACAGCUUUUUUUUUUUAUCAAAAUUGUCUGUUAAAAUCAUUAUCUUAUUUUUAUUAUCCUAUUUUUAUCACUCUAGAAUAAUUCUGUCGAUUUCAACCUCCAUAAAGUAUCUUUUGGACAACACACUUUUUAAGGGGAGAUAAUUUAAAACUAGUAAUUUUAAUAGCAUCUUCUAAACAUCUUUUUCUCAGGAAUCGCUAAGAUAGGGGAAAAAAAAUGAAAACUCGUGUGGAAGCUUCAUUCAUAGUGUAGAUUCAAG